UUAAUUUGGGUGGUUUUGCUGACAACCAAGCGAGGUGUUUCGAAAGCCAAAUGACACUCUCUUUCGUCGGAAGUAGAUCGCUUUUCCCUUCGCCUUGGGCGCGAAUCAUCUCCAACAAGAUGCCCAGACACAAACUUCUCUCCAAAGCCCUUUCCUCAAAACGAGAAACCACAUCUUCAGAGCCCAACCCAGGUUCUGAAUGUUCCAGUGGCGUUUCUGUGCCAGAGCUUCACGUUUUUGUUAGGAAAAAGAGAGUUAAAAAGGCAGUGGAAGUAUCGGAAAAUAAGCUUAAAGCAGAACCUCUUGACCAGGAUCUUUGUGGCAUGCCUGACAUUGAAGACUUUGCAUAUGGAAAGACCAACAGAUUUUCUCAGUUAAGAACGUCAAUAACCGCGGCAGAUGUGCCUUCAAUGGAAAGCAAAGUUGUGCCUGAAAUUAGGUCAAAAGCUGAACCACCUGCCAAUUGGGAAAAGGUCCUUGAAGGGAUUCACAAAAUGAGAUCUUCUAAAGAUGCACCAGUAGACACUAUGGGAUGUGAGAAAGCUGGCAGUUCUCUUCCUCCCAAGGAGAGAAGAUUUGCUGUCUUGGCAUCUUCACUUCUUUCAAGCCAAACUAAGGAUAAUGUUACUCAUGGAGCUAUUCAGCGUCUCAUUCAAAAUGGUCUGCUUACUCCAGAUGCUAUUGACAAGGUUGAUGAAGCCAUCAUCAGUAGUUUGAUUUACCCAGUUGGAUUUUACCCAAAAAAGGCUAUCAAUUUGAAGAAAAUUGCAAAAAUAUGUCUAACGAAGUACGAUGGAGACAUUCCGAGUACAUUGGAGGAGUUACUCCUGCUCCCAGGGAUUGGUCCGAAGAUGGCUCAUCUGGUUAUGAAUGUGGCAUGGAACAAUGUUCAAGGGAUAUGUGUAGAUACUCACGUGCAUCGUAUCUGCAAUAGACUUGGGUGGGUGUCACGGCCAGGCACAAAACAGAAAACUUCAUCUCCUGAGGAGACGAGAGAGUUGUUGCAACUAUGGCUUCCAAAGGAAGAAUGGGUUCCAAUUAACCCUCUUUUGGUGGGAUUUGGACAGACAGUGUGUACUCCUCUUAGACCUCGGUGUACAAUUUGCAGUGUAAGUGAUUUAUGCCCAUCUGCAUUUAAAGAGACCUCUAGUUCAUCAUCUAAGGCAAAGACAUCUGAUCAAAACAAGAAUCGAUGAUGUAAUUGCAUUUGAAGACCAAGGCCAUAUUCUUUCUUUGAUCAACCUUGUUGCAUAAUGGUAGUAAAGUUGUUUUGUUGGUGUAGAAGAAAUCGUGUAGCCCCUAUAUUUUUUGGUGAAUGGUAUGGCAUGGCAUUAUAAGCAAUUAUAAUAGUUAAAGGUGCUAAAACUCUGAGAUUUCUAGUUUAUGACACAAAACAUUGUAAUGUGUAAUCAAAAUAUCAAAGUUAGACGGCAAUGAUGCAACAUUCUGGUAAAUUUAUGUUUACUGAUGUGAUCUCUCUA